GCGGGGAGGGGAGGCGAACAUCAAAGGGGGGGCCCGGCGGCGUGCUUUAAUUCCCGUGCACUCAGCCGGACCGAGGGCCCAUCUGGCAGCGGGGCUCAGACUCGGGGGUCGUUCCCAGCCCCAUCUGGAGAUGCCAGGGGUUGAGCCCGGGACCUUCUACGUGCAGAGCAGGUGCUCUAACCACUGGCCGAGCGAGGGCCCUUCCCCUUUUUGCGACUGUUGCAGCAGCGCCAGCCGCUGCGGCUUGUUCUUGCGGGCGCCGGUGGCGUUCUGGCGCGUGGUGGACUGGACCCGAGCAACCGAACCAAGUGAUUUUGCCUCACGUCAGCAGCUCUCCCAAGAUCAUCCAUACUGGUAUCUUCCUGGAGGACCAAUCAUGGCUGGAAGAGGAGGCAGAGGGAGGGGCCGAGGCGGUCACAUGACCUUCAACGUUGAAGCUGUGGGCAUUGGGAAGGGUGAGGCGCUGCCCCCCCCCACCCUCCAGCCAUCGCCACUAUUCCCCCCCUUGGAGUACAAACCUGUUCCGCUGCAGACCGGAGAGGAAGUUGAAUAUAUGUUGGCUUUAAAGCAAGAACUGAGAGGCGCGAUGAAGAACCUGCCGUACUUCAUUAAACCGUCUGCGCCAAAUAAAGAUGUGGAACGCUAUUCUGACAAGUAUCAGAUGUCCAGCCCGAUUGAUAAUGCCAUUGAGUGGAGCCCCGAUUGGAAACAGCUGCCCCAAGAAUUAAAAAUCUGGGUGCGGAAGAUUAAAAAACAGCGAGAUACUGUCCUUGCCCCCAAGCGCAAGACUCAGUUGCCGGUAGACAAGGAAGAAGCCAUCAAGAAGCUGGAGAAUUUGGAAAAGAAAGAGGAGGAGGUGACAUCUGAAGAGGAAGAGGAGAAAGAAGAAGGAGAGGAAGGGAAGGAGGAGGGAGAGGAAGACUAUGAUGAGGAGGAAUAUGAAGAGGAAACAGAUUACAUCAUGUCCUACUUCGACAAUGGCGAAGAUUUCGGGGGUGACAGUGAUGACAACAUGGAUGAAGCCAUAUACUGAACAGGGAUGGCACGCCCGGUUACAAGCAGAAGAUGCUUCCCUCGUGCACCCCACAUGUCUCCUCCCCUGGUGAUCUUUUCUGCCACCCAUUUUGGGCCUCCGGAUGAUCCGGCUUAGGAUGGGAUCCUGUUUGUAUUCUGUGCGGUUCCUUCGUUCUCCUCCAAACCAGCUUCAGAAGUGGCUUCCCGGAACCUCUGCUCAAUCAGCCUCUAGGUGGCAUUGCUGAUCCACACUUCCACUGUGCCAUUUGGGCAGGGUGUGGGUUGUGCAAAAAAGACAAAUCCCCACUGAAAUAACCAGUGUAGGAGAGUCGGAGCUUCAGCUUCCCCCGUUUUCUCUCGAGAAAUGUAGAUUGGGUCCAGUAGGAAAGUGUGUGAUCUUCUGAAGCCUGCCUUUCUUUCCUGAGCAGUGGAAGCCUAAAUGCAGCCUAGACCGGAAGCUAGAAUAUUCCAAGAGACACUGAGAGAAACUUUAUUUACUACUGUAUGGAGUUCAGCUGAGAGGGAAACACUGGCAGUUUCAAUUUGCAGCAAAACCCAUUCAUCUCAUUUGAUCUUCUAUUGGCAAUGAUACCUUCUGUUUGUUUUCCUCUUGAGGAAAAGGCAGUGCCAAGGUAGAAAAACUGGAGGCCAAAGAUACUUUUUUUUUUAAGGCAGUAUUUCAGUGAGAUAAUUUUAAAAUCCAGUUUUUACUCUAGACUUUGUGAGGACCUGUUGAAGGGGCUGAGAAGGAGAUAACCAGCAUCUUCCAAGAGCAGGCAAGAAUCUCCCACAAUCCUCUGGGGCCUGCAACUGAUAACUGGACAUAGUCCCUGUUUCCUGGAAUUCUGAUGCAUACAAAUUCCCAUUAUGAGAUGUACAAAACCCAGGUUUUAACAAUGUGCUUUAAUCAGCAGUGGACUUUUUUGUUGUUUGUUAAUGAGUUUCAGCGUUAAAGUUUUGUUUGAUUGAGAGAUUAUCUGCUGCCAACUCCAUCUUUUGAGUAUCUCUGGCGCAGCUGUUGACCACAUGGGGCUACCCCGGCUGGUGUUUAACUCUUGUAAGGAUUAUUGCACUUGAAGUGAGUUGUAAGCCCAGCCCAGCCAAAUAUCCCCCUGCUGCCGCUGCCAAUUUUCCAUUUAUCACCCACAAAAAUGAAGGGGAUAUUCAAAGACUUUUCAAGGGGAUAUUCAGAGACUUUUGUAAGGGGUGAAUUCUCACCUUUUUUUCAAGGGUGUCAUCCUAGCGUUUAAAUACAAGCUGGCCAAUGAUUUUUCCUUUUUAUAAAAACACAGUCCCAAAAGCAAGACAACGUUGCCACCACUUCAAGCAGUCCUCCCACGUUCCUGGGGCAGAAUGUUUUCCCCCUCUCCCCACCAGCACAAUGUUGCGCCAUCUGUCUUUCCCCCCUAAGAAUUCCCCUGGGAAUGGUAUGUGGGGCCAGUGCGACGCUCAUGUUCCCACUGAGAAACAGAACAUCCCACCACCAGGAACUCUACGGCCAGCUGCCUCAGAAGGUCCUUUGUUCAAGCUGGCUACUGGUAUUGCAGCAGUCCUCUGGAGCAACCGCUACAAGUCUGAAUGAAGCAGAUGGCUGAAAAAAGUAGUGCUCGGGGUUAUGAACUCAAAGGGACUUUCCUCUGAAACCCAAGAGAUGGGGAAGUGCCAGAUCGAGGCCUUCCCUUAUUUUUGCCAGCACACAACCAUUUUUAAAAUAUUGCUACUUUUUACAGUGUCCGUAUGUGCAUAAAUUAUUUUAUUGCGUUAAAA